CCAGGCUCUUAGAUAGCGUGCUCAGUGUCGACGGAGACCUCAACUGGCACUUUCUUUUCAAGCGUCUCAGUCCAUCAACCACCGCGCAACCGAAAAAAAGGGCAAGACUCUUCGCUUCCAAGAAGAAGAAGAAAAUAAUAAUAAUAAUAAAAAAACCUCUGCAUUUACUGGACUCCACAAUUCCGAAAUAAACCAUGAUUACUGCUCAAAGAAGCUUAUCGGGGUCGUCGCAGAGCCCUAGAUCUCCUUCGUCUCAACCGUAUCUUUCAGUUUCCGUGACGGAUCCCGUUAAGUUAGGCAAUGGCGUCCAAGCUUAUAUAUCCUAUCGCGUCAUCACCAAGACCAAUUUCCCAGAAUACCAAGGGCCGGAAAAGAUUGUUAUUAGGCGUUACAAUGACUUUGUUUGGUUACGUGAUCGCCUUUUCGAGAAGUACAAAGGCAUUUUUAUUCCUCCUCUUCCCGAAAAGAGUGCUGUAGAGAAAUUUCGAUUUAGUGCUGAAUUUAUUGAAAUGAGACGCCAAGCAUUGGAUGUAUUUGUUAAUCGGAUUGCUUCACAUAAUGAUCUUCAACAGAGUGAAGAUCUUAGAACUUUUCUGCAGGCAGAUGAAGAGACAAUGGAGAGACUGAGAUCUCAGGAGACUGGUAUUUUUAAGAAGAAGCCAGCUGAUUUCAUGCAAAUUCUUAAGGAUGUACAGUCUAAGGUGAGCGAUGUUGUUCUUGGAAAGGAAAAACCUGUUGAAGAAUCGAAUCCUGAAUAUGAGAAGCUUAAACACUAUGUUUUUGAGCUUGAGAAUCAUUUAACUGAAGCUCAGAAGCAUGCAUAUCGUCUGGUAAAGAGACACAGAGAGUUGGGGCAAUCACUAUCUGAUUUUGGUAAGGCAGCCAAGCUUCUUGGUGCUUGUGAAGGACAAGCUCUUGGGAAGGCAUUUUCUGAACUUGGGGCUAAAUCUGAGACACUAUCAGUUAAGCUGCAGAAGGAGGCCCAUCAACUCUUGAUGAAUUUUGAAGAACCUUUGAAGGAUUAUGUUCGUGCUGUCCAGUCCAUAAAGGCCACAAUAGGAGAGAGAGGCAAUGCAUUCAGGCAACAGUGUGAGCUGGCUGAAACAAUGAAGUUGAAGGAGAUAAAUCUUGACAAGCUCAUGCUAACACGCUCUGAUAGGGUGGGAGAGGCGGAGCAUGAGUAUAGGGAGUUGAAGGCAGAGAGUGAGGAGGCAACAAGAAGAUUUGAGACAAUUGUGCGACUGAUGAAUGAAGAGAUUGUACGUUUCCAGGAACAGAAAACACAAGACAUGGGGAUUGCUUUUCAUGAAUUUGCAAAGGGACAGGCUCGACUGGCAAACAGCAUUGCAGAUGCCUGGCGAAGUCUCCUUCCUAAGCUUGAAGCUUGCUCCUCUACUUAAUGAAGGAAGGACUAGUAAUCAUCAUCAAACUUGUUGCUUACCUCAAUUGGGCGGUUCUUAGAUUUAAGGAAUGGCAGGGUGGCUCGCGCCCACUGUAAAAUCUUGACUAUCAGGAGUUAGCUCUACCAUUCUGUUGUACCAGUUAUGGUUCUUCUCAAAUGUUUUGACUAGGUUUUGCUUGUACGAAUUUUAAACUGGGUGAAAGGAUGAGUUUACGAUUUCAACUCAUUUAUGGAGCACAACUGGAAAAAGAGAGAAAGAAAAAACUUACAUUGUGUUUUU